AGAUUUAAGUAACAACAGGAUUUCUUCGCUAGAAGAUGGAGUGUUUGAUAAUUUAUUUAAUUUAACUGAAAUAGACUUAAGUGGGAAUCCAUUUUUUUGUGAUUGCAACCUGGCCUGGCUCCCCCGUUGGGUUGAAGAGAGAAACGUGAAAGUGUCCCGUCCGUCCGAGACUCAGUGUGCUCAGCCUCUGGAAUUGGCUGACCUCCCACUUUUCAAUGUUUCCUUCAGUGACGUUACUUGCGGAGCCGAUUACUUUGCCUGCCUGCCGGAUAACAGCACAGGCGGAGCUGAUUCUGUUAUCCGAUUCACUUCCCAUUUGCCACAGAACCUGACGGAGGAGAUGUGCAGCGCACUUUGCUAUGCUGACGGACAAGACUAUGGGGGCUUCAGGACACCGUGUGGUGUUUACCAAGAGGUGGCUUUUGUUCUCCACCUUCCGGUGGCUGUGGGCAUCAUUCAGUGGGGCUUUGGGGAUGAAACGGGGCUUUUCAAUACCACCAAGACCACCAUCCUUCAGUGUCCCCCUUUGGUGAAGACCAAUGAAAGUUUACAAUUACAUAUAAGGAAUCGUGGAGGAACUGGCCUCUCAGUGGCCUAUAACAUCACUGUCCAGAACCAAGAGCCUGGAAGAGUGGUCCUUCCCGGUUGCCCCUCGGACAGCGUGGUCUUCCCUGGGAACAGCCACUGCUAUUGGCUUGGAGCAGAAAAGGCAGAAUGGCUGGAGGCCCAGAGGCUUUGCCAAGAGCAUGGCAGUGGAAGUCUGGCCUUCGUCAGCAGCCCUGAAAUCCAGAACUUUUUAGUGUCCAGCGUCACCAGGAGCCUGGAUGUCUGGAUCGGGUUUAACGACGUGGCAAGCCCCAGCCCUUUGCCGCAAGGCGAGGAAGGCUUUGAUUUGCAGAGCUGCCAGAACUGGCUCCCGGGUGAGCCUCACCCCUCCAACGCCGAUCACUGCGUCCGGAUGGGUCCUGCUGGGCAGUGCAACACCGAUCUGUGUACGGCCAAGCACAGCUAUGUGUGCGAGCACAAGCCUCAAGUGGAGAUUCUUUUAAAUGCUGACCACUUUCGACUGGGAUCUCUUGUAUUUGACACCUACGUGGCCACCAGAAGCCUCACCGAAAGAGAAGAAGACGCACCUGCCCCCUCAGGGCCAGUAGAGACUCUGGUGUUCCCUCGCUUGGCGUUUCAACAAGAGGGCUUUUUAGUAGCCUUGGAGCUGGUGACGCAGAAGCUACAACGGCUGGCCCAUGUCUGGUUUCGAGUACACCGUCCAGCCCACCCAAAAGGUGAGAGAAGAAUGGGGAGAGCAAAGGGAUUUCAAGAGAUUAAGCUGUCUGCUCUCAUACGCAUCAAGAGCAAUGCGAUCUCAGAAAAUGGCCAGUUGCUCUUCAGAAGCAAGGACACCUUUGUCAAACCCAACGACACGGUGAGUGUCCAGCAUGAUGCCGGGCCUGGCGCUUUGCUUCUUUGCCGUCCCAGCCAAAAGCCGCUGGCCCAGAUGAGCUAUUUCACCUUCAGCUCUUCGGAUUGGGACCCAGGCUGGCCUGCCCACCCCACUCCCCAUGGCUGGCAGAACGAUUCCCGGUGCCCUUUCAGGAUCCUAGUGGCUGCUGAAGAGACUGUCCCACUCCUGCCAAAAAACAACUCCAGCGUCCACCGCCCUGGCCUUUACGUGGUGCAGGCCACGGUCAACAACGGCAUCUUCAGGAGGAAGGUCUCCUGCGACUUCUGGGCUCUUUCUGCCAUCUCGGGCCUCCACGUCAUUUACCCUCCGGAAAAAGGUGGCAGAGUCUACGUGGAAAGCAACAGCACGUGGCUGGUGGUGAAAAUCCUUUCCGGGAUGAACGCAACCUCUGGCAGGCUGGGGGGCAACCAGAGCUUUCCUUUUGGACGGAGUUGCCCCCCAGCAGUCACGCCACUGGUGGCAGAGUGCGCAAGGGAGACCAAUGACACCUGGUUCUCCGUAAUCCUGCUGGAGGGCAUUGGGCACAACCUGAGCACUGUUGUGCUGUGGGCAAAGAACGCCGUGAGCUCACAGAACAUCACCGUCAGGGUGAGAGCAGAGGACGCCAUCCGAGGACUGCGUGUGACCCCGGACCCAGAGACCAGGGUCCUGCAGAACAAGCGUGUGAGCUACAUCCCUGUGAUGGACGCUGGGUCGGACGUCACCUUCAGAUGGAGACUGGAUGACAAGAGCUCCUUCACUUUCUACAACGAUGUCUUCCAUGUCCUUUACCAGUCCCCAGCUGUGUACAAGCUGUCGCUUACAGCCUCAAACAAUGUCAGCAAUGUCACCGUGUGCUACAACAUCACUGUGGAGGAGAUGAACAGGAUGAAGGAUCUGAGGGUCUUGGGGAUCUUGCCACACGUUCCUCAGAACAGCACUCUGGAACUGUCAGCAACGGUGACUGCGGAUUCAGCUGUCGAUGCCAGAUUCCUAUGGGAUUUUGGUGAUGGUGACCAAGUCAUUUUGGAGUUCCAUCCUCCCUACAAUGAAUCCUUCCUGAAGCCAGAUCCCAAGAUUCACCAGGUGCAAAUUGGGCACAAUCUGUCCCAUAUCUACCAAGAUCCAGGUGAAUACAGCCUGAUUGUUGUAGUCUCCAAUGAAUUUGAGAACCUCACCUAUUCAACUCCUGUCCAUGUCUAUGCUCACCUGACAGAAGUGGCAAUGCAAGUAGCCUCAGAUGUUUUGGUUGUGGGCCAUACUGUCACCUUUGAAGCUCAAGUGAUGCCCUCUGGCUUCGGAGUCUCUUACACCUGGAAUUUUGGGGAUGGUUCAGAGGCAUUUGUGGAAAGCCAGACUGCCGUAGUCCACACCUACAGUUCCAGGGGGAUAUACAAGGUCCGGGUUCAAGCAAACAACACCAUCAGCACUGUUGAGACAUGGCAGCAUUACCAGGUCUUUGAAGAGAUCAGUGGGUUGUGGGUGUCCUUGAAUGAAACCAUAGAGCUUCGCACAUUGAUUGAGAUCCGUGCUUCUGUGGAAACAGGAGAUAAUAUCACCUGGAUAUUUGACAUGGGUGAUGGGACGGUUGUGGAGACUCCCGUGGCAUCUGUAAAACACACUUAUUUAAAGGAGAUGAACUGCACAGUAAAUGUAACUGCGAUGAAUCCAGUCAAUUCUCUUUCCCGAGCUGUGCCCGUCCAGAUAUUUGUGCUGAUGGUGCUCAAGAUUGAGCCUUCCUCUUGUAUCCGAGAAGACCCUGAAGUGCAGCUCACAGCUCACGUUUCAGGUAAUCCCCAAAACUACUUUUUUGACUGGACAUUUGGUGACGGCUCGUCCAACAUCACCGUGUAUGGUGAUCCAACAGUGAUACACAACUUCACCCUCAGUGGAAUAUUCUCCCUGUCUUUGGUCCUUUCCAGCAAAGUCAACAAAGCACAGUAUUAUACAGAGAUUUGUGUGGAGCCCGAGAUCACCAACGUGACACUUUUAGUAAGGCCAGAACUGGUGUGGCUUGGCAACGAGACCAAAUUUCAAGUCACAGCCUUGCCACCUUAUCACUACCGUUAUCUUUGGGACUUUGGGACUAACGACUCAGCCAGGUUUGGUGGAACCGAAGUGAGCUAUACCUACAAAAGUCCAGGUGACUAUAUGGUCAUGUUGACCGUCUGCAACAAUGUCUCUUUCAACAAUGUCUCAGCAUUAGUGGAAGUCCAGGAGCCGGUUGGGGUAGCCAAGAUUGAGUCAAACAGCUCAAAGGUUUUGGAGCUGAACCAAAUUUAUCUCUUCUGGGCCAAUGUCACCGGGACCAAAGUUAGUUAUUUGUGGUACUUUGGGGAUGGGACUUCCCAGCUGGGAAAAUUCAUCACCCAUUCUUACAACAAGAGUGGUACCCAUACCAUCAGUUUGACAUGCUGGAAUGAUGUCAGCUUCCACGAGGCAAAGCUGAAUGUGACCGUGAAGAGGCGCCUCCAGGGCCUGAGCAUCAACGCCAGCAGGACGGUGGUGCCUCUGAACGGCUCUGUGAGUUUCACAGCUACCCUCCUGGCUGGCACUGCCGUCCGGUAUUCUUGGAUCCUGUGCGAUAGGUGCACCCCAAUCCCUGGCCUUUCCACCAUUUCCUACACUUUUCGCUCUGUUGGGACAUUCAAUGUGAUCGUGACAGCAGAGAAUGAGAUUGGGGGCCUGCAGAGCAGCAUCUUCAUCUAUGUCUUACAGCAGAUAGAAGGGCUGCAGAUCUGUGGGGGGGACUUCCUGGACAACAUCUACUUCCCCACCAAUAAGACGCUGCAACUACAAGCAACCGUGAAAGACGGAACAAACAUCUCUUACAGCUGGACUGUCCUGAAGGAAAGUCACCCUGUGCAGACAUUUACCGGGAAAACAUUCUCCUUAGUCAUUCUGGAAGCAGGCAUCUUUGCUGUCCAUCUGAAAGCCACCAACAUGCUGGGAAGCUCGGCUGUGAACAAGACGGUGGAGUUCAUUGAGGAGGUGGGUGCCUUAAAGCCAACUGCCACCCCCAACCCUGUUGCUGUCAACGCAUCUGUUAGCAUAAGUGCCAGUGCAACUGCCGGAAGUGAGCUGCUGUACACCUGGCACUUUGAAGGUGGCCUUUCUCUCUGCACAACCUCCAGUACCAUCACACACUCUUUCUCAAGUCCAGGUGCCCAAAUCAUUGUUGUGGUGGCAGGAAACAAGUUUGGUUCUGUCAAUGCUUCCCUUGUGGUAUACGUACAGGAGCCAGUCGUGGGCCCAGAGAUUAGCAUCAUAAGGCCAAACAGUAGUUCUGUAGAAUCGGGCACCGUGGUGAACUUUGCUGGGGAGCUUGAAAGAGGAUCUGACGUACUCUGGACAUGGAAGAUGCAGGACAAAACCAUCUCAGGCCAAAGGGUAGCUCUAGAGUUUCCCGUGGCAGGAAUUUUCCUUGUCUGCUUGAAUGCUUCUAAUGACGUCAGCUGGGAUGUAGCUUACCUCAAUCUGACGGUGCAAGAUGCAAUCCAGGGUCUGAAGCUCGGCGUAAGCCAGGAUGUGCUGCAGCCAGGGGAACUGGUUUCUUUUGUGGUUGAAAUAUCUUCUGGUUCCUCUGUGAGCUACAGGGUCACCAUUGGGUAUAACCAUUCCGAGAUCCUCAGUACUUCCAGCUUCACCUAUAAGUUCAGCCAGGUUGGAGAGUACUUAGUGAGAGUAACUGCAGAGAAUCAAGUAAGUGUGGCGUACGCUGAGCAUCUUAUUGUGGUGCUGGAGGCCGUGCGUGGCCUCCAGAUCACCGAUUGCUGUGAACGAGGAAUGCCUGCUGCGGUGGAGGAACAGUUCACAGCUCGGAUUGAGAGUGGCUCACAGGUGUCUUACGUCUGGCAGUUCACCUUAGUAAAAGAGCAGCAAUGUUCCCAGGUUCACUUAGAGGGCCAAAGUGUCUCUUACACCCCAGAAACAGCAGGCCAGUUGGAAAUCCAUCUGCAUGCUUUCAACAGUCUGAGCAGCCUGAACAUAACUAUAGUGAUCCAAGUGCAAGAUUUCAUCCUGCAGCUUUCCAUCCAGCCCGUGGAUUCCUUUGUCAACCGCACAACUUCAUUUGAAGCAUCUGUGCUGCCCAGUGCCAGAGAAGUCCUGUUUUGGUGGCGUUUUGGGGAUGGCUCUCCAGCUGUACAAACCAGCCAGCCAUCUGUCAACCAUGUUUAUCUGAGGCCGGGCGAUUAUGUGGUGGAGGUGAAUGCCACCAACCUCAUCAGCUUCUCCAUUGCCCACCGCACGGUCACAGUCCGAAUCCUGGAGUGUGAGGAGCCAGAAGCAGAGCUUGCUUUACCUGCUCAGGUGUUUAUGAAACGAUCCCAGAAGAAUUAUCUGGAGGCCCAGAUUGACUUGCGAGGCUGCACCAGGUACCAGACUGCCUAUGUCUGGGAGAUCUACAAAGCCCCGAGCUGCCUACAACGGGAUGCUUUCGCCAAAGUCCAGUUGGUCAGUGUGGAUGUGAGCCGGCCACAGUUGGUCAUCCCCAGGCUUACCCUGGAUCUUGGCAACUACUGCUUCAAAUUCUUAGUCUCUUUCGGUGAUACACCUCUGUCCAAAAGCAUUUUUGCCAAUGUGACAGUUUUGCCCAAUAAACUGGUACCCAUCAUUGAUGGAGGAUCGUACCGGGUGUGGUCCAGCACCAGGGACUUGAUCUUGGAUGGCGAGAAAUCCUAUGACCCUAACUGGGAAGACUGGGAACAGACACCGCUAUAUUACCACUGGACUUGCGUGUCAUCUUCCAAAAAUCCACCUGGAGCGUGUGGCCUCAACUUCAGUGCCACAGGAGGACUUGUCAUCAUUCCGUGGGCCGUGCUGGAACCAGAUGUGGAAUACACGUUUGACCUCACCAUCUCAAAACCAGGCAUGGAUUCAGAAGCCACAAAUCAAACCGUCUUGAUGAAGAAGGGGACGGUCCCCAUCGUGUCCCUGGAGUGCGUCUCCUGCAAGGCACAGUCUGUCUAUGAGGUCAGCCGGAGCUCCUACGUGUACUUGGAGGGGACCUGCUUGAACUGCCAGAACAAUUCCAACCGGGGGCCGAGAUGGACAGCCCAGAGCUUCAGAAAUGAAUCUCUGCUUUUGGACAGAAGAUCAACCUCUACGGGGGAUGCCGAGAUGAGCCUGGCCUUGCGUCCGUGGGCUCUGGAGGACGGGGAGGGCUACACGUUCACUCUCUACAUCACAGACCUGGCUACUGGGGAAGAUGGCUAUGCCUCCAUUGACCUGUUUCCCAACCAGCCCCCCUUUGGGGGAUCAUGCCAGCUUUCUCCUGCAAGUCCUGUCCAAGCGUUGGCCACCAAGAUCCACUUUGAAUGUGCGGGCUGGAGAGAUUCGGUGGGGGCAGACCCCCCCUUGGUGUACAUCCUCAUGGCCACCCGCUGCCGCCUUGGCCACUGCGAUGAAUUCUUGGUGUACAAAGGAAGUCAUCCUGCACACGCGGCCUUCCUGCCCCCCGGCUUCCAAGAGCGUGGCUCCCUCGUAGCAUUUUAUGCGACAGUCAUUGCUGUUUUUCUGUCCAGGUCUGUGGUCAUCACCUUGCCCAGGACGCCAGAGGGAUUCCACAGUCUUCCCCAGUGGCUUUACAACAAGACAGAGGUGAUACUGCAAGGCCUGGUCAAACAGAGUGACCCCCAACCUGUUAUUGAGUAUUCACUGGCUCUCAUCACCAUCUUAAACGAGCACGAAUCUUCUGUGUAUCCAAAGCUGGAAGCUGAGCCCGAUGCCCCGCUCCAGAUCUGGAUCCGGAAGAACGUUACUGAAACCUUGACCUCCUUGAACGUCAACACGGUGGACGACAUCCGGCAGAUUGUGGCUGCGCUGGCCCAGUGUAUGAUGGCCAGUAAGGAACUGGUCUGUCGAUCCUGCCUGACAAAGACUUUGAGAAAGCUUGAAACUAUGAUGAGCAUUCUUCAAGGAGAGACCCUCCAAGGAACCAUGACCCCCAAAGCCAUCGCUGACAACAUCCUCGACAUUAUGGGAGACUUGAUCCACGUCGUCAACGCCGUUUCCCAGGAGUCAGAGCGACAGGAGCUCUACAGUGCUCAGAAUCGGGUGCAGGUGGCCUCCAAAGCCUACGCCUUGUCCACUGACUUGAUGCGCAUCCUAAUGAAGUCACGGGUGCUCAACGAGGAGCCCUUGGAGUUGGCUGGGAGUAACAUCACGGCCAGAGGGAAACGAGCUGACCCCCAUGCCCUGCUCUGCUACGGGGACACCCCGAGCUGCCAGUUCUCCAUCCCCCAGGCCUUCAGAGCCACCUUCUCUGACCUGACGGACGUCGUCCAGGUCAUCUUCCAUGUUGAUUACAACCCAUUUCCCUUUGGCUACAUCGCCAACCACAGUGUCUCCUCCGAAGUGGCCUCCAUGGAGUUUCAGAGCAGCAACGGCACAGAAAUCGCGGUUGGUAGCCUGGAUCUGGAAAAGGCCAUCACCGUGGCGGUUGCGGACUCCGGGCUGAAGAACAUCACCGUGGGCACGGUGGUGGUGGAGGAGAAGAAUUCAGUGCACGUGGUGGUCUCGAUGGAGAACAGCGACACAGAAACCGGGCUGUAUUUCCAGAUCACCUUCAAUCGUUACGUCUCCCGGGAAAAGGAACCGUUCCUUGCCGUCUGUCUCUUCCAACCGCCUGGAUCCCCAAAGCGCAACUGCACGGCCUCCAAGGAGAUCUCUCUGGAGGACAUGAAGGAGGGGCCACAGGGAGACCCACGGCGCUACACCAUCUUUGUUCCCCCAGGGACUGCAGACACAGUGAAGGAACAUCACUUGAACAUCACCAACCAUUUCGUGUGGUCCCCUGUGGAGGUGACUCUGGGUCUGUACAGCUCCCUGUGCCAGUAUUUCAACGAGGAAGAGGCCCGUUGGAAGACGGAGGGCAUGGCUCCCUUGGAGGGGGCCACCCCGCAGAAGGCCAUGUGCUUAACCCAGCACCUGACUGCUUUUGGGGCGAGCCUCUUCGUCCCCUCGCACUCGGUGCAGUUCAUCAAGCCGCCUCCAGGCCCCGGGCUCAACUACAUCGUUCUGCUGACUUGUGCUGUCUGUCUGGUGACCUACUCCAUGGCAGCUGUGAUUGUGCACAAAUUGGAUCUGAUCGACAUCGGCCGUGUGGGGUCGAUCCCCUUCUGUGGGAAGAAUGGGCUGUACCAGUAUGAAAUCUUGGUGAAGACAGGCUGGGGCAAAGGGUCAGGGACCACAGCCCAUGUGGGGAUCACUUUGUAUGGGACGGAUAGCAAAUCUGGGCACAGACAUCUGGAUGAUGAGAAUGCCUUUCGCCGCAACAGUCUCGACAUCUUCCAGAUUGCCACAGAGCGGAACCUGGGCAGGGUGUGGAAGAUCCGGAUCUGGCAUGACAAUAAAGGACUCAGCCCAGCUUGGUUUCUGCAGCAUGUCAUUGUCAGGGACUUGCAGAUCUACAAGAGCUACCACUUCCUAGUGAAUGACUGGCUGUCUGUGGACAGUGUGGAGAAUGACGGCCUGGUGGAGAAGGAAGUUUUUGCUGCCAGUGAGGCAGACCUGAGGAGCUUCUUGCGGAUCUUCCUUGGCGAGCUGCAGCGGGGAUUCUUUGAGAGGCACGUCUGGCUCUCCCUGUGGGACCGGCCCCCUCGCAGCCGCUUCACCCGGGUCCAGAGGGCAUCAUGCUGCUGCCUCCUCAUCUUCCUCUUCCUCUGUGCCAAUGCCGUGUGGUACGGGGUUGUGGCAGAUGCCAACUUCAGUCACGUGCCCGUCUCCACCCUGAUCCCGGUUAAUGGCGAGACAGUCUUGGUUGGCUUGGUCUCCAGUUUGGUGGUUUAUCCUCUUUACCUGGUUCUCCUGUUCCUAUUCCGGAUGGCACGGAGCAAGGUGAACAUCAGCCAGUCUCUGGCCCAUUCAGACCAGCAGUCCCUGGAGAUUGACAACUACCUGGACUCAUCGCUUCUGGAGAGCUCCUUCAUCACUUUCCCUGGCCUUCGGACAGAGGCUUUUUCAGAGGAAACCAAAACCGAUCUGAUGCUGGACGAUUCAAAAAGCCUGAUCCGGUGGCAGUCCAAUGAGGGCCUCCUCAACUGGCCAGACCUGCUCAGCGACCCCUCCAUCAUGGGCAACACCAUCCAGAAGCUGAAACGAGGGCGGACCAGUCGUCACCUCGGCCUGGAGGCUCCUUUGGCCCCUGAGGGGGGGGACGGCCUGACGCCGGCCUUUCCCCAGGCCCAAGCCAGAUACUUCUCUGCUUCCGAUGAAGAUCUGAUACGGCAGAUUCUUGCAGAUGGAGCUGGUGGCAUCCCUCAUCUUCAGGAAGUGGGAAACGGCCCCAAGGUUGAAACAGACCUCCUCUCUGGGCUGUCAAACGUGCCAGGAGACAAGAUGGAAGCGAUCGUGUUGCAGAGGCUGAACGAGAAAGGCCAGAGCGUGGCAGUCCCUGGGCGGGAACUGAAUCAUUCCGCCAAGUCAACCCGAACAGUGGUGGACCACAGUCUCCGGAAGCGCCUGCUGCCCUCUUGGUGCUCCUACUUGGCACACGCCAUCAGCGUCCUCCUCCUCCUCGUCUGCUUUGGGAUCUCAGUGUGGAUCGGAGUGGGGUUCAGCUCCAGCGUGGCCCUCAUGUGGCUGAUCUCAGGGAUUUUUAGCUUCCUCUCCUCCUUUUUGCUCUGGGAACCCCUCAAGAUCCUCCUGGAAGCCCUUUACUUUUCCCUGGUGGCCAAGCGCCUGCACCCGGAGGAGGACGACACCCUGGUGGAGCAUCCCUUUGUGGAGCACGUCUCGGAGAAGAUUGGGAAGGUCCGGCCCCCUCAGGGCUUUGCUCUGUUCCAGGCCAAGGAGGAGGCCAGAAAGGUCAAGCUUCUGCACAACCUGCUCAAGAACUGCUUUGUCUACAUGCUGUUCCUGCUGGUCAUCCUCCUCACCAACUACAGUGGGCCUUCACACAACAGCCAGGCCUUUCUUCUGCAAAAGUCCAUCAAGCAGCAGCUUGGCAUCAGGCAGUUCCUGGAUAUUAAGAGAUCGGAUGACUUCUGGCUUUGGACCACGCAGGGACUGUUGCCCUUCUUGUACCAGAACCGGUCUGCCCAGGGAAGCUCAGGUAUCACCCUGGGGGCCCCACGACUGCGGCAAAUCCGUAUGCAAGAAGCCGUGCCCAGUUCCGCUUCCCAGCAGCUGCGCUUCAUCCGACAGUGGUCGACCUUCGGCAAAGCUUUGCAGAAAUCGGCCAGGGAGCUGCUGGGCACCGGUUUGGCCUUUGUGAUCCUGACGUUGGCUUACACACAGCUUGGCUACCUGCUCUUCUCCUCCACCUCCGAGGGCUUCUCCAGCUUUGGCCGGGGGCUCCAGCUGUUCCUCACCGGUCUACAUGGGGGCAGGAGCCUCCACCUGCCGGGACCCGCGGGGCUUCCCCACCUCAUCUGGGCCAGCUACGUGAUGUUGCAGCUGUGGUGCCUUUCGCGGCUCUUCCCCGCCGUGCUCAUCCAUCGUUACCGCGAGACGCGCUUCGAGAUGUACAGGCCGGCCUUCGAGUCCCAGGACUACGAAAUGGUGGAGCUUUUCCUUCGGAGGCUCAAGAUGUGGAUGGGCUUCAGCAAAGCCAAGGAGUUCCGCCACAAGGUCCGCUUCGAAGGGAUGGAGCCGCUGCCCUCCCGCUCCUCCAGCCAGGACUCCCGGUCAUUGCAAGGAGCCACCCCCAGCGCCGCCUCCGAGAGCUCCCGGGCCUCCACUUCCUCCAGCCAGCUGGACGGACUCAGCCUCACCACCAGCACCGGCGAGAGUGUGGAACUCGAUGUGGAGAUCCAGCAGCUCCUCUCCCUCUUGCAGACGCUGCUCGCCCACUUCGACCGGGUGAACGGGGCGGCCGAGGAGGUGUACGGCUUGGAGUGCCAGCUGGAGAGCAGCCGGAACCGGCAGGCCUGGCGGAGGGGCAGGCUGAGGGCCGAGCGGCCAGCCAACCUUUCCCACCCCAUCCGCACUGCCCCCGCCUGCCUGUCUUCCGAGCCGGGCCCCAGCAGCCAGCCUGUCCUGCCCUCCCGGCCCCUGAGCAGCCCUGCGGCCUUCCGGGUCAUCCACAGCGGCCCAGGCGCUCAGCUGACACCGCAGAAGACGCCGGUAGCAGCAGCCAAAAGGAAGAAGCCUCUAUGGGCCAACAACCGAGUCCACCCCACCGGCAAGUAA